CAUCUGUCAAAAUUCACCGCGCUUAGUGACGUUUCAUUCAAAGAGUUGUUUCAGUGAAGUUAAAACAGUUUUUGCUCACUAUAAAGUCGAUUUGUCAUCAUGAAUAUUACUUCAGCAGCGGGGAUCAUCUCCCUUCUUGAGGAGCCCCGCCCGGAACUGAAAGUCUUCGCUUUGAAGAAGCUCGAUUCAAUCGUCGAUGAAUUCUGGCCAGAGAUUUCCGAAGCAAUUGAGAAAAUUGAAAUUCUCCACGAGGAUAAAGUAUUUCAACAGCAUAAUCUUGCAGCGUUGGUUGCGAGUAAAGUCUACUAUCAUUUAGGGUCAUUUGAGGACUCUCUAACUUACGCAUUGGGGGCUGGGGAUUUGUUUGAUGUCAACGCAAGAACUGAAUACGUGGAGACUAUUCUCGCGAAAUGUAUUGAUUAUUACACCCAACAUCGUAUUGCUUUAGCUGACAACGUCCCCGCGGCUAAACCGAUCGACCCCAGAUUGGAGGCUAUCGUAAAUCGAAUGUUUCAACGUUGCUUGGAUGAUGGACAGUAUAAACAGGCCAUGGGUUUGGCUCUGGAGACCCGCCGAAUGGACAUUUUUGAGGCCUCUAUUACUCAAUCCGACGACAUGUGCAAUAUGCUUAUUUAUGCGUUCCAAGUUGCAAUGAGUCUUAUUCAAAAUCGAGGGUUUCGUAACACCGUUCUCCGAUCUCUCGUCGGUCUUUACCGAAAUCUUGCAAUCCCCGAUUAUGUCAAUAUGUGUCAGUGUUUAAUCUUCCUUGAAGAUCCACUUUCCGUGGCCGAAAUUUUGGAUAAAUUGGUCCAAGGAGAUGAAGAAAACCGUCUCAUGGCUUAUCAGAUAGCUUUCGAUUUGUAUGAAUCAGCGACUCAACAAUUUUUGGAACGUGUUAUGGUGGCUUUGAGACUUACAGCCCCCAUACCGUCCUUACUUGAAGACAAACUCAAACCUAAGACUGUUGAAAGUACGUCUGAAAAUACAGAAACGGAAAAUAAGCCUGAAGUUAAGGAGGAAAAGUCAUUGGAAAACCUGAACGAGAAAGAGAAAGAGCAUCAAGAACGUUUGGAAAAGUUGCACGUUAUUUUAUCAGGGGAAAUUUCCAUUGAGUUGCAUUUACAAUUUUUGAUUCGUUCAAAUCAUGCCGAUUUGCUUAUUUUGAAACAAACGAAAGAGACUGUUAGGGUCAGUAUUUGUCACACGGCAACUGUUAUUGCCAAUGCUUUUAUGCACAGCGGGACUACAAGUGAUCAGUUUUUGAGAGAUAAUCUCGAAUGGCUUGCGAGGGCUACAAAUUGGGCGAAAUUAACAGCGACUGCGUCUUUGGGGGUGAUCCAUCGUGGUCACGAACAAGAAGCUUUAACCUUGAUGCAGAGUUAUCUACCGAAAGAAGUGGGCCCCAGUGCUGGAUACUCUGAAGGUGGCGGUUUGUACGCUUUAGGUUUGAUUCAUGCCAAUCACGGGGCCAACAUUAUUGAUUAUCUUUUGGCUCAGCUUAAAGACGCCCAAAAUGAGAUGGUACGUCAUGGUGGCUGUUUGGGUUUGGGUUUGGCCGCUAUGGGGACCCAUCGUCAGGACGUUUACGAACAAUUGAGAUUCAAUUUGUACCAAGAUGAUGCAAAUACGGGCGAAGCUGCCGGUAUUGCAAUGGGUAUGGUAAUGUUAGGUUCGAAAAAUCCAACAGCGAUUGAGGAUAUGGUCGCGUACGCCCAAGAGAGUCAGCAUGAGAAGAUCCUUCGAGGAUUAGCGGUCGGAAUAGCUUUCACCAUGUACGGUCGCUUGGAAGAGGCCGAUCCUCUGAUAGAACAACUCACCUCCGAUAAGGACCCCAUCUUGAGGAGAUCAGGAAUGUACACUUUGGCGAUGGCGUAUUGCGGCACGGGACAUAAUCAAGCUAUAAGAAAGUUACUCCAUGUCGCUGUGUCCGACGUGAACGAUGACGUCCGUCGUGCCGCCGUCACAGCUCUCGGAUUCCUUCUGUUCAGAACCCCGGAGCAAUGCCCCAGUGUUGUCUCCCUCCUCGCUGAGAGUUACAACCCCCAUGUCCGCUACGGCGCCGCGAUGGCUUUGGGUAUUGCUUGCGCCGGAACCGGACUCCGGGAAGCCAUCGCUUUACUGGAGCCGAUGGUCAUGUUCGAUCCGGUGAAUUUCGUACGACAAGGAGCUUUAAUCGCUUCAGCCAUGAUUUUAAUCCAACAAACCGAACAGACUUGUCCCAAAGUCAGUUUCUUCAGACAGACUUACUCUCAAGUCAUUUCUAACAAACACGAAGAUGUUAUGGCGAAGUUCGGGGCGAUUUUGGCACAAGGAAUUAUCGAUGCAGGAGGAAGAAAUGUGACUUUAUCGCUGCAAUCCAGAACCGGACAUAUGAACAUGUUGGCCGUCGUGGGGACUUUGGUGUUUACACAAUAUUGGUAUUGGUUCCCCUUGUCGCAUUGUCUGGCACUUGCGUUUACGCCAACUUGUCUUAUUGCACUCAAUGAGCAAUUAAAAAUGCCCAAACUCGAAUGCAAAUCGAACGCGAAGCCGAGUUUGUACGCAUAUCCGGCGCCUCUCGAAGAGAAGAAACGUGAAGAACGUGAAAAAGUCACGACUGCUGUUCUGAGUAUUGCGGCAAGACAGCGUCGUAGGGACCAUGAUAGAAAACAUCGCGACGAGAAAAUGGAAGUCGAUGAAGAGAGUAAAGACGAGAAGAAGUCAGAAGAGAAGAAAACUACCGAAGACGAUAAAAAGAAAGCAGACGAUAAGAAAACUGAAAAGAAGGAUGAAAAAGAAGAAAAGAAGAAAGAGCCUGAACCCAAUUUUGAGAUUCUUAAUAAUCCAGCUAGAGUCAUGCGUCAACAACUCAAAGUUGUAACACUUAAUGAUAAUAGUCAGUAUGUCCCCUUGAAGGAUGUUUCAAUUGGUGGAAUUGUCAUGGUGCGUAAUUUGAAGCCAGGAGAAGAAGAGUUGGUCGAAAAUGUUGCUGCUUUCGGACCGAAAGGUGACGAUGAGAAGGAACCAGAGCCACCAGAACCCUUCGAGUGGCUUGAAGAUUAGAUUUAGUUGUGUGUUUGUCUCUAUUAUUCUUAUAACAUUAAAAUUAUUGUAACUUAAUCUUAGCAAAAUAAAACAAAAUAAUGAAAAUUGUU